GGUGCCACAGGCCCUGACUGUGAGUGCAGGCAUCGUUAUUACGUUUUCCAUAUCAACUAUAAAUCACAUGGAACUCCUUUGGCAUCUCAAUAGAACGUGUUGGUCGUCGACAGAGCUGUGGUCUCGAUGCACGUGGAUCUCCGAUGGAGUCUGACAAAACAACAAGACCACGAAAUCUAAACACUGAAUCAAAUCUACAUUUUGAGCUCCAGAACAUCGAGUCUGAUGCUUCUACAGAAACUAAUGACAUGAAUCGCUGCCGUAAAAAUAACUGUACAAUUCAACCAGGGACACUGACGGCUGGUGGUGCUGGAAGUUCUCAGAAACGUUCACCAUUCCGCACGAGCUUACGAAGUGACACGGUCUCGUCUCUGGAUCAAACUUUCGUGAGUUUCCGAGAUGUGGACUCGGCUAAGAGACAUUACCAUCGCCGUUUGCGUAAUUUGUCUGGUUUAAGCAGUGCUAUGGGUAUUCUAGCAGUGAUAUUUGCAAUCUUAGACAUCGAGUGCACGAGAAUCAGGCUAAAAAGAAACGCAGAAUCUCAAAAAAUCUCCAAUUCUAAUGGAGUCCUCAGUUUGACAGGCGAUAGUCUAGGACUCGCCGGAAUCGUUUUGAAAGCAACUAUUUCAUUACUUUCAGUUCUGACAUGUAUAACACUGUACAAAAUCUAUAUGACCACUCGAAACCUCUACGUUGUAAAAAACCUUUAUCACGAGUCAGAGAGCUUCCUCACCUCAUCCCUCUUGAUCAAAUACUGUCUGGAGACUCUGAUAUGUUUGCUUCACGUCCCUCCACUUGUAGACAACCUCGGGGUCCGGUUCAUAUACAAAAUGCAAUUACUAGUCCUGGUCAGGCUUUACCUAGUAACGCGUUGUGUUAAAGAAAGAAGUCAAUUAUUCAACAACCAGUCUACCAAUUUACUUGCCUCCGUAACCAAGACGGAUGUCUCUUCGAGGUUUCUCGUCAAAACCUACUUUUUAAAAGAACCAUUUUUGCUGAUUUUUACAUUUUACACCCUGAACGUCUUUCUCGGUGGGUACUGUGUUUACAUAAUAGAAGACGAUCUUCCUUAUCUGGACAGGGUAUGGAUGAUGGUCGUUACCAUGACGACUCUAGGGUUUGGUGACGUAGUUCCUGUCAAUAUCUUUGCACGUGGAUUGGUUGGUUUCGCCUCGGUUCUUGGGAUCUUUCUCAUGGCUUUAUUCAUAAGCGUUGUCCACGAGACCUUGCAGCUAACACAACAAGAAAAACGUAUCUUGGCCUACAUAGAGAAUGCUGAACAUUUGAGAACAAAAAAGACGAUGGCAGCACGCUGCCUUCAAAGCUGCUGGAGAUACAGAAGCUUCAUCAAAAGACACGGCAAUGCCAUAGAGAUCGGUGAUUGGUUCAAGCUACAAAGAGCAAGGUUCCUACAACACAAAUUCUUUGAAACAAUGCGGCAAUGGAGAACAGUCAGAAGAGCUUGGACAAGAGAUGAUUACUGGAAGAAAUUUUUCGUGAUAGACGACACAGCCAUGCUGUUAACUGAUGUUUGUAGAACGAUUGAUAAUAUUGAGAGACAAUUAGGAAUACGACAAGGACAAAAAGGCAGCAAAAACUCACUUUAUAGGAAUCCAUCUAUCUACAGCCCGGUUCCCAAAAAGCAAGAUACGCAAGAAUGUGAUAGAGUCUUUGAGUAUCCGUCAAUCAGUUUUCAAACACCUCUUCCUUCUCCAUGUUACCAUCCGAACAGUGUCCAGGCCGUUCUGGUAGAUUCCUGGAAAUCUCCUGCUGAACAACAACAGCAGCAGCAAAAGAAAGAAGAACAAGAAAAACGAGAUAAACCGGUUAUUCAAGUGGAAUCUCAAAGCUUAAGAGACCCGCCAAAGCCCACAAAUAACAACUUAGAAAACCAUGCCCCGAGUCAUGAAGAUACGCGAAACAAAAGAUAUCUCCUCAGACGACCAGACUUUAUUCGAAAAACAAGUGACAUAAGCACCUCGAGUGAUCAUAUUGACCGAGGUGCUAUGCCUUUGGAAUUACUACAGUCUAGAAUUGACAGCGUCGAAAACUCGCUUGAUCAAAUCUACGGGAAAGUUAAGGGCGAAUUGCGGGACAUUCGCGAUGCUAUAAAAACUCUGGCUGCGUCAACGACGCCUGCGCCACGAACACCGCUCUGGUCGCCUGCGAUGACAAGAGAUGGAGAAACCUCCAGAGCUGAUCCGAUAUUCUCUUACGCUAAUAUAGAAAAAUACGAUAUUUAAUAAUGAUGUGUAAUAUAAAUAAUAGAAAUUGUCCAUGUUGUUAAUCUAUUACCUUUUUUUGGUAAAUUUAAAUUUU